AAAAAAAUUCAAAUGAUUAUUUGAGAAAAAUGGAGAUGGAAAGUUACGCGGAUGAGGAUUUGGAGCGGCGGAAGCGAAAACUCUUUGAAACAGCUGAGGGAACCCUUGUGAGAUUGAACGAGACGAUAAAUGAUAUGAAGAGUUGGAAUCGGGAGCGGGAUAUCCUCACGAGUGACAUUUAUCGUUUGAAAAUUGCUCUGGGAUAUUCUGAGAGACUGUUGGGGGAUCCACUGGUGAUGCAUCAAAGCCAAGAGAUACAUCGCCUGGAGAGGAUGAAUAAUGAUAUGAGAAUGAAAGUACAGAGUAUGAGUGUUGCACUGAUGAAUGCACAGCGUACGAUAUCAUGGAAUGUAGAGAGAAAAGUGAGAUGUGGAAUGGCAACGGUGAAGUGCCAAGUUGCCGAAGAAAAGCUUCAUCUUGCACAGGAGAUCGCACGUUUGAGGAGUAAGUUGAAUGAGGCAGAGGUCGAUGGUACUAUGUACCAUGAAAUUAGAGGGAAACUUGACGAGUACCGAGAGGGAGACAGAUUAUUUGAUGACAUCAUUGCGAGAGCGGCCAGAAAACUUAUUGACACAGUUUUUCAAAUGUCGAGUCAACUAAUUAAAGUGGGACAAGUCAAAGAUAAAGGGGAUGUCUUCGAGAAUAUCGCCGUCCCCGAGAAAUCGUUGACGGAUAAAAUCGAUCGGAGCACCGGUGAAAUACCAAACGAAUUAAAUGUUUCUCUGGAGAAAGAUCGUCUAUUAAAAGAGAUGCAGGAAAAAAUUCAUAAAAUUUUAAUGGAGAAAGAGUUGAAGGCGAGUGCUUUGAAGAGGCUUGCGUCGAGUCUGCGAACAAAGUUAAUCAUAUCGUUAAGGAGAAAUAAAAAAUUGUCGGAGAAGUUGAGUGAUACCGAAGGCUCAAAGAACAUCGAGGAGAAAUGGAAGUCCGUUGAGGCCAAUGUCAGUGGAAAAAGACUGUCCGACGCAGUGGACGAUACCAAAGGCAAGAUAAAAUCCAGUAACGAGGAACUAAUCACUCUCAACGAUAAUUGCAAGGAUAGCUACGAUGUGGAGUGUCUCAACGAGGAAUUAAUGAAAGUUAUUGAGGAAAAAGAGAAGUUGGUGGAUCAGCUGGAGGUGGAGAGGAUAACGACGAGAGAAGCUCUCCGGGAGUUCGAAAAAUCAGUUAAAGAAACGGAAAGAAAGGCCCAAGAAAUUAAACUCAUGGAAAUUAAUUCCUCCAUCACAUCGAAAUACAUUAAUCAAUUAAAGAAUGAAAAUAGAGGGCUGAAAAAAUUGAGGUCACUCCAGAGAGCGGAAAUUCUCAAUAAAAAGUUUUUCUGCAAUAAAAUAAAUAUCUUGAGGGCUCGAUCGAAUAGACUGACGAUGGAUUUGAAAAUGUCAGAGGAAGAAUUGAUGAAGAGGAAUCGUGAAUUUUAUUUGGUGGAGUCUGAUAGGAAUUCGGUGAGAGCUGAGAAUUUGAUUUUGGAGAAAAGGGCGGAGGAGAAUGAGGAGGUGAUGAAAAAAUUGGAAGCUGAAAUGGUGCUGUUGAAAUGUGAGAGUAAUGAUGAUCAGGGAGAUGAUCAGAGAGAUGAUGAAAGAGAUGAUGAAAGAAAUGAUGAAAGUGUGACAUGUGGAGGAGAGAUUCAGGUGACUGAAGGUGAAGGAAUGUUUGAGAGUUUGAAAUUAUCUGGGUUAGAGCCUACAAACUCGAGAGCAAUUGAACCAGCAAACACUGAGGAUAUGUCAGUACCUCGGAGGGCAAAAACUUCAUUGGAGGAUUUGCAAGUUUCAUAUGACGUCAAACACGUGGCAAAGGGGUCUGGAAUGCUGGUGUCAACAGUAUCACCGAUCCCAGGUACCGAUUUGUCGAUGAAUCAAGGGGAAUCCACGAGUAUUGGAAAUACUUUUGGAAAUUUUUCUCCAAUGAGUGGUACAGAGGGAAUUUACCGUCCGGACAAACACCCGUUGAUCAUUGACGAGGGUGAGCCAUAUAAAUUGGAGGUGAGGAUUUGCCGGUCCACUGGAGGUGAUGAUGCAGACGUUAAUGACGAUCGAGGUCGGAAAAAUAAAGUGCAGACCGAGGGGAGAGUCAGGGGAAAAUUCAGUGUUGGAAAUCAAUUUUCAGUGCCUUCCACGCCUGAAAUCAUAAUGAGAAAUUUUGAGGAGACGGAUCGUGAGCUGUCUUCGAUGAAAUUUGAAUUGUCGAGUGUCAUGAGGGAAAUCGACGCUCUCAAGAAAGAACUGGAGUCGAGGAGAUUAUCAAAUCGCCUCCUGGAGAUGGAAAAUCUCGCCCUUAAGGAGGAAGUUGGAAGAAUAAGAGGAAAAAUACGGAGAGUUGAGGAGGAGAACCGGAAAUUGAUUAAAUUGAGAAACACUCGGGGGAAGUUUUGA